CAGCAGGAACCGACUUCUGCCGCUGUGAUUGGUCGAAGUGGAACAUCCGGGUUCCCCAAAGGAAGUAAGUGACGUUUCCUGCCCAGGCUGGAGCCGGAGGAGGAGGAGGAGAAUGGCUGCACAGGGAGUUUCCCUGGCUAUGACUCUGAAUCCUUUACUUCAUUCACCACCCUUACCUACAGCUCCCAUGAAUAUGGCACAGACUCCUUCCUCUAUUACAGCUUCCACUGAAGUAGCCAAGUAUAUACAGUCACAGAAUGGAAUCCCCCCGUCCAAUCCUGUCAUCAGUUCUAUGGACCCCUAUCAUGCCUGCAGUAUUCUCCAGCAACUUAAAGCAAUGUACGACGAGGGCAAGCUGACAGAUAUCGUGGUGCAAGUGGAUCACGGGAAACAUUUUUCUUGCCACAGAAAUGUUCUUGCAGCAAUCAGUCCUUACUUCAGAUCUAUGUUCACUAGCGGCCUUACAGAGAGCACCCAGAAAGAAGUGCGGUUAGUUGGAAUUGAAGCCGAGUCCAUGCAACUUGUAUUGAACUAUGCAUAUACAUCCAGAGUUCAGCUAACUGAGGCUAACGUCCAAGCUUUAUUCACUGCGGCUAGUAUCUUCCAGAUCCCCUCUCUCCAGGAUCAGUGCGCCCAGUAUAUGGUCAGUCGCUUGGAACCACAAAACUCUAUCGGAGUCUUUAGCUUUGCUGAUCACUACGGCCAUCAGGAACUGAAGGAGAAAGCCCAAGACUAUAUCCGCAAAAAGUUUCUUUACGUCACCAAAGAGCAAGAGUUUCUGCACCUGACGAAAGACCAACUCAUAAGCAUAUUGAACAGCGACGACUUGGAUGUUGAUAAGGAAGAACACGUUUACGACAGCAUCAUCAGUUGGUAUGAACACGAGCAGGAGACGAGAGAAGUGCAUCUUCCGGAAAUAUUUGCCAAAUGCAUCCGCAUGCCCCUCAUGGAAGAGACAUUUGUUGAACAGAUCCCCCCCAUAUUUGCACAGGCUAUGCCCAUAAACAGGGUACCGAAGGGAAAGAUUAGUGCCAAUUGCUGUACUCGGAGGCUGGGCAUGACCGCUUCUGAAAUGAUCAUCUGCUUCGAGGCCGCAAACAAACACUCAGGAAAAAAGCAAACUGUGCCUUGUCUGGACACACUAACAGGAAAAGUCUAUAAACUAUGCAAACCGCCUGGUGACUUGAGAGAAGUUGGGAUCCUUGUGACCCCCGAUAAUGAACUCUACAUCGCUGGGGGGUACAGGCCGAGCAACAAUGAUGUCUGCAUAGACCACAAGGCAGAAAGUGACUUCUGGUUGUACGACCAUUCAAGCAAUCGAUGGCUCGCGAAGGCUCCCCUGCUCCGAGCGCGAAUAGGCUGCAAACUGGUUCAUUGUUGUGCUAAAUUAUACGCUAUAGGGGGCCGUGUUUACGAAGGGGAUGGACGCAAUCCACUUAAAUCUGUUGAGUGUUACGAUACCAGAGACAACUGUUGGACAGCCGUGAGUUUAAUGCCAGUAGCAAUGGAGUUUCAUAGCGCUGUGGAAUACAAAGACAAGAUCUAUAUUUUACAGGGGGAUGUGUUCCUUUGCUAUGACCCACCAAGAGACUACUGGUGUUACCUUACCCCCAUGACUGCGCCCCGAGUCCAAGGAAUGGCAGCUGUAUACAAGGAUUCCAUCUACUAUGUCGGCGGAAGCCACGCAAACCACCGCGUUCUCACAGUGGAGGCCUACGACGUCGAACAAAACCGGUGGACUCGAAAGAAAGAUCUUCCCUGCGAACAGUCUUCGAACCCGUACAUCAAGCUGGUGGUCUUUAAAAGUAAGCUCCACCUCUUCGUCCGAGCGACCCAAGUCAGCGUGGAAGAGUUUGUGUUCCGGACGAGCAGGAAAAACUCCCUCUACCAAUACGACGAGGUGGCGGACAGCUGGAAAAAAGUUUACGAAUCUCCCGAGCGGCUGUGGGACCUCGGCCGCCACUUUGAAUGCGCAGUCGCUAAACUCUAUCCACAGUGUCUUCAGAAAGUUCUCUGAUCUCCCGUCUUCUCCUUCCGUGUUAACGGGACUCCCGGAAACUUCACAACUGUCAGUAUUUAAUAUUGGUUGGAUGCGGACAAGUCUUGGACUUGGUACAGGUGCUUAGAAAAGUUGCAGUCGGAGUUUUGGUGAAGGGGGGCAGCUACGUUAGUUUAUUUUAUUGGUUUUUUUUUUUCACCAUUUAUUGUUGGUGAACUCUAAGUUUACAAAGUGCAAUUAUCGGCGUUUUUUUUUUUUUUUCCUCAUGGUGUACAUGGAAUCAUAUCAUAAAUAUAUUCUGAUGCGGCGGAUGCUAACCUGCCUCCGUUGCCAAACUAUAACUCUCAGUGUUGUCUGGCAGUCACCUGUUGGAGGAUGCUGGGAAUUGUAGUUGAGAGAGAAAUGUUUUUGUGUGUGUGGUACAGGUUAGCCAAUGCUGUUUUGUUGUCAUGUAGAACCAGUUUUUGGUGCUAGAGUGGUUUUCAUGAUGGGUGGGGGAGGGGGGUGGGGCGGGAGGCUUUGGCAUUCGAGGGACUAUUUAAAGUUAAUGAUACAUUUCUUUGGAGGAUCCAGAAUAUCUAUGCACUAGAGGGGAGCAGAUCUAGCAUUAACAGCUGCAGCUAGUUUUAAAGGAAUUGUUCAGUAUAAAAAUAAAAACUGGGUAAAUAGAUAGGCUGUGCAAAAUAAAAAAUGUUUCUACUUCCUGCUUUUCAGCUCUCUUGCUUUACACUGAUUGGUUACCAGGCAGUAACCAAUCAGUGACUUAAAGGGGGCCACAUGGGUCAUAACUGUUGCUUUUGAAUCUGAGCUGAAUGCUGAGGAUCAAUUGCAAACUCACUGAACAAUUAUUUCCCAUGUGGGCCUCCUUAUUUGGACUAACUCAGAGUUAGAGAGCUGAAAAGCAGGAAGUAGUGUUCUAGCUAUUAUGUUACACAUCCAGUCACUCCAGCCGUUAUACAUGACAUUUUUGGCUAACUAAUUAUAUCAGAAACAUUUUUUUUUUGCACAGCCUAUCUAUUUACCCAGUUUUUAUUUUUACAGUGCAGUUCCACCUAUUUUUUUUUUUCUUCUCGUGUAAUCGCGUGCAUGCAUUUGUACUAAAGCGAGAUCGAUCUGUAAAAACAGGACUGGGAUCCUGCUUUAACCCGGCUCUGGCCGUCGCUCUUUCAGAGUUGGCCUUUAACCGGUAAUAUUUAUUAAGAAGGCGAUUCCCACCUGGUGAUUUAUAUAGAAAACCUUUUACAUGUC